AUGACGACAUUAUUACAGCUUCUUUCAAAUUAUUAUAAGGCUAAAUUAGAUUCAGAGCGAAUAUAUAAUGAGUAUAUUCAAUCGCAGUAUGAGUUCGCGUCUUUAGAAAAGUUGAAUAACAAUAAGUCCCCAUCAAAGAAGGUGGUUGAUGAGACACUUUUCUUACAAAGACAAAUUGCUCAGCUGAAUAAGCAACUGCAAAUUUCAUUUCAAGAGAAUGAAAAGCAACAAAAUAUACAAAAGAAUCAAAGGGCGCUAUACCAAAGUAAGCUAUCCAGCAAGGAUGCAUUCAUCGAUGACUUGAAACUCAAGUUGAAAGUUGGACAAAUAUCUAUAGAUAAAGCUGAUAUGGAAACAGCACCUUCAACCGCUUCCAAUGAACAACUGAACGGUGUAAAAGAGGCUCAUAUAUCAAGGCCUACAAUCCAUCUUCUUUCACCAAUUGUAAACCGUGAUACAAGUAAAAAUCAGACCAAAGACCGCAACGGAAAUGAACCGGACUCACCCAUCACGAAGAGAAAAUCAAAGGGGUUGAGAUCUUUGUUGAGCUCGGGUAAAAACACUAUAUUUGAUUCAAUAUCUAAAAAUCUCGACGAUGAGAUCAAUGAAAAUGCGUCCAUGAGACACGAUACCGCAUCCUCUAAAAUAGCUGAUAAAUCAACGUCAGUAUCACCGUUGCUUCGGAAACCUCCAGAAUUGCACAACGAAAAAAACAAUACGUUAUUAAAGGAGUACAUAUUUCGCAAGGAGGGCCCAAAUGGUUUGCCACCCAGAAAACUAGAUAAUAUCGAGCUAUCAAGUAUCGCUGACUCCACAGAAAUUGCAUCAAGGAGUUCUACUGCCGACAAAAAUGACAUUUUGCAGACGGAAGAACACAACUAUGCUAUUACGAAGCUGAAAAGAAUCAAUACUUUGACCAGUUCUCCAAUCAAAAGUGUUUCCAAAACGACGAAAAAAAGAAAACUAACAAGACAACGAAUUGCCACGUUGCCCAAUUCAGAUGAAGAAUUGAAUAAUGAUUUAGAUAUUGAUGAGUUCGUGUGA